AAUAUAGAAAGAUAGAUAAAAGAAAGUGGAAGUUUGUCCAAUAUUUUUUUCGGACUAGACUUUGUGUUUUCCCCGAGAUUUCAUCUGCAAAAAAGGGGAUCUGAGCUUUCAACCUAGGCAUAAAUUUAGCAUUGAAUACCUUUUGCCAAAGUAAGUACUGAGUUCAGAUAAAACAUGACAACUUUGGACAUCCAACUCACUAGAUGGUUGAGGCAAACAGCAGUAUGGAGAUUUGUAGGUUUUUUUUCAACCGUUGUUGGACUUGUUUGCUAUGGUCGCAGCUCCUCUUUCACCCUUGUUUUCGGAGAGUGGAGCUUGUUCAAGAUCUUUCUCUACACUGUGUUUAGUCUCUUCCUCUGUUUUUGGAGUCUACUACACGCAAAGGUAUGUCCACGCUCAACGUGUCCCCUAUUCAAAGCUCACUCAGCACUAUUGCUUUUGACCCUCACAUCUGUGUAUUCCUAUUUCACUGAUAAAGCUGCGAAUGGAAAACCAGAUGUAUAUAGUUUGAUUUCCUGUGCUGCGUUUGCUAUCAUGUCAUUCAGCCUCUCCAGGCAAACCCAGUGCGGUUUUGAAGUUGAUCUUUUGAAUUUUUUCUUGGGAUUUCUAAUACUGUUACUCAUGAAGAUUACAUUGGCAUUAGCUGUUGUUGGAGUAGGUUUCAGCUAUGCCCUUAUUAUUCUUCGUUCAUCAUUAGAUACAACAUCAUACGAGAAUUGUGGAACACAAGAUGAACAUCCUGUAGUUAUUGAUAUGAAUCAAGCUAGAAUGAUGCAACAUCUAGUGGAUUGUGCGAAGGCCCUUGGGAAGGACAAUUCCAAUCUUGCCAACACGCUUUACAAGCAUGUAAAGGAAUUCGUUGAAGAUGAUUCUAAACGACAGGUAAUCGAUCGCAAUUUCGUGAUCGAUGCGCUACCAUUGGGAAAAACGAACGACUUUCGUAAAACUAUACAGCUGAUGAUGGGUGUUGGGUUGAGAAAAGAGUGCUGCAAGGUGUACUGUAAUUGGCGGAGGGAGAGCUUAAAGGAGUGCUUAAUGAGUUUAUUAAGGUUCCCAGAGAUCAACACCGAGGGCAAUGGUGAAGGGGUUGAAUUUAAAGAUUACGUUAUUAGAAGAAGGCUUAAGGCUGUGAGGGUCGCUCUUACAAUACUUGUCCCCAGUGAGCGACGACUUUGUGAUAGCGUCUUCUCCGGGAUCCCUUCUGUUGCUGAUCUUUGUUUCACUGAUGUUUGUCGGGGAGCUACCAUUCAAUUGCUGAAUAUUGCCGUUGUCACUGCGAGUGGUAUCCAUUCCAACUGGCGGUUGUUCGAAAUCCUUGGUAUGCUUCAGGUUUGGUGUAAAAUAAUUCCUUCGUUUCGAUCAUUGUUUCCACAGUUAAUGGUAAAGAAGGCAAUGGCAAUGGCAAUAUUCCAGGACGAACUAGGAAAAGCAAGCAUGGCCAAUUUUAUCAAAGUGAGAAAUAUGAUUUCCCAUCACCCAACCUUCAGUAUAAUGGCCAAUCAUUGCGGGGUUCUUGUAACGACCAUUAAUGUCAUGAGGUACCUCAUUUCUACUUGUUUGCCCCAACAGACCUCGGAGCAUAAUGUAGCGGGAACAUCUUCAUCUUCUGUGUAUAUUGAUCGAAUAAUGAAACAUUUCGAGAGAAAAUUGGUGGCAGAGAGCAAAAGAAUGAAUCCUGCACGGCGCUACCUUUCCAUGAUGAAUACUUGGAGGUUUGUAGAGCUAAGCGCAGAAAUGUCCGGACUUGAUUGUUUGAAAAAAUACAGUGCAAAAGUUCAGCAAAACCUCAAAUUUUAUCAAAGUACUUGGAGUACAGUACUGGAGUUUUUGAAGCUAGAGAACAAUACGUUAGUGGAGCCUAAUGCUUACGCAGAGUCCCUGAAAAGCAACAUCAACUUGUUCAACAAUGCCUUUGAACAUAUAUAUAGUACUCAGUCUACAUGGGUUGUCUUUGACAUGCAGCAAAGGGAACAAAUAAUAAUGUCACUUCAAAACAUCUUGUUGCCAGCAUAUGGAAGCUUCAUUGGGAGGUUUCAGAAUAUUCUUGGUAAAGAUGCUUUUAAUCAUAUUAGAUAUGGAAUGUUUGAUAUCCAAAACCAACUCAACAACUGGUUUCUCGAAGGAACGAAAAUGAUCUACCAAAGAGAGAAAGAAGGACUAUUAAAGCUUGUUCAAACUAAAAUAUGAUUUUUUAUCUCAUAAUAAAAGUAGUUCUAAACACAUGUAUGCCUUGUCCCAUGUUUUCUUCUUAGAAUUGUGAACGCUUGUUUCUUUUUUCUCGUUUCCAUUUGUAGAUCAAGUCUAAAGUAAAAGUUGAGAUUGGGAAUAUAAAUUUUUUAGUUGAGAAAGAAUAAAAAAAACUUUAUUGACUAUAUUAAUACUUUUCUUUAAAUUUAGAGAAGUUCGUUAUCAUCUUGGUUCGCCCGAUAUUGGCACACAUAGUUGUGAUUCAUGGGAAAAGGA